AUGGCUGACGAGGACAUUCACCUUUUCUCUCGUCUCCCCUACGAGCUGCGUUGCCUGGUAUGGGAGCAAUAUCUCUCAGACUAUCAGGACAAUUGCGGUGUUCUCUGGGAUCUCAAAUGGGGGGCUGAUGACUCUCCGGCCUCCAGAGCCGCUAUACGCCAGCGCUUCGGUGAAAAGCACGAGAGCAGCAGCGAGGGACAUAUCCCCCUUCGCCCCUUUAUAGAUCUUGGGUGUCAACAUCUGGAUCUCCUUAUAACAAGCAAGUUCCUCGAAGUCAACUGCAACCCACUGCUCAAGGUCAACACCGAGGCGCAAAAUGCCGCCAUGGCCAACGACCGCUUUGUCUCCGUGCCUGUUUGGAGCCGAGACAUCAACAUCAUCGUCCGUCCCGCGCUCGACCUCUUCCGCAUCGAGGGCGGCCUCAUCCAGUGUUCGGAAUAA